UGUUCCCCUCAGUCUUCUUGUAGUGGCCAGUUCGAGAAGAGCUGCCACGAGCUGUCAACGAGGGCGAACCGUCACGCACUUUCCAUCCCGCGCUUGCGCCUUUCGAACACAGGAAUUAACAGACGGUGGAUCGCUAAUUCACCCUCAGCAUGUCGUAUUGCACGCGUGUUCUUCGUGCACAGAAACUGUCCGCUUUAGCGGCGGACGUGCAGCAGCGAUGCUUCAGCGCGAGUCCCUUAAGCUUCGCCGCCACCAAAGUGGCGAUGUCCAAGUUCGACUCGACCAGUUAUCUGCCCUAUGACAAACUGGAAGAAAAUCUCAAAGUAGUUAAAAAGAGAUUGAAUCGGCCGCUGACUCUAUCCGAGAAAGUUCUCUAUUCUCACCUCGAUGAACCUGCCAAGCAAGAGAUUGUCCGUGGUACCAGUUACCUUCGACUGCGGCCGGAUCGCGUGGCUAUGCAAGACGCGACCGCGCAAAUGGCAAUGUUGCAAUUCAUCAGUUCUGGUCUACCAAAGGUGGCAGUGCCCUCCACCAUCCACUGCGACCACUUGAUCGAGGCGCAAAUCGGCGGCGCUGAAGAUCUCGCACGAGCCAAGGACAUCAAUGAGGAAGUCUACAAUUUCUUAAAAACAGCUGGCGCUAAAUACGGCGUGGGCUUUUGGAAUCCCGGCUCCGGAAUCAUUCAUCAAAUCAUCCUCGAGAAUUAUGCCUUCCCGGGUUUACUGAUGAUCGGUACCGAUUCGCACACGCCGAACGGUGGCGGUCUAGGUUGCCUGUGCAUCGGGGUCGGCGGUGCCGAUGCCGUCGACGUUAUGGCGAACAUCCCGUGGGAGCUCAAGUGUCCCAAGGUGAUCGGCGUAAAGCUCACGGGCGAGCUCAAGGGCUGGACCAGUCCCAAGGACAUCAUUCUAAAAGUGGCCGGUAUUCUCACCGUCAAGGGCGGUACCGGUGCCAUCGUGGAAUAUUUCGGGCCAGGCGUCGACAGCAUCAGCUGCACCGGGAUGGCCACCAUUUGCAACAUGGGCGCCGAGAUCGGUGCCACCACCUCGAUCUUCCCGUAUAAUUACAGGAUGCAGGAUUAUCUGAAGGCGACUGGACGCUCGGAAAUCGCCGGAGCCGCCGAUCAACACAAGAGUCUACUGACGGCGGAUUCUAACGCCAAGUACGAUCAGAUCAUCGAACUGGACCUGUCCACGUUGGAACCGCAUGUAAACGGACCCUUUACACCCGACUUGGCUCAUCCGAUCUCUAAACUAGGCGAGGCUGCAAAGAAAAAUGGCUGGCCCAACGAAAUCAAGGUCGGCUUGAUCGGUUCUUGCACCAAUAGCUCCUACGAAGACAUGGGUCGGUGCGCAAACAUCGCCAAGCAGGCUCUGAAGCAUGGUUUGAAGGCAAAAUCCGCAUUCAAUGUUACUCCUGGAUCCGAGCAAAUCCGCGCAACCAUCGAGCGCGAUGGAAUUGCUGAAGUUCUUCGUGAAUUUGGCGGUACAGUGUUAGCUAAUGCUUGCGGGCCUUGCAUCGGUCAGUGGAAUCGCCAGGAUAUCAAAAAGGGCGAUAAGAACACGAUCGUCACAUCGUACAACCGAAACUUUACCGGACGAAACGACGCUAAUCCAGCGACACACGCGUUUGUCACUAGCCCCGAGCUUGUAACUGCUCUGUCCAUUGCUGGUCGACUUGACUUCAACCCUGUUAGCGACAGACUAAAAGGCAAAGAUGGAAAAGAAUUCCUCCUGGACAAUCCAUAUGGUGACGAAUUACCUAACAGCGGUUUCGAUCCUGGUGUGGACACUUACGAUGCACCGCCGGCAGACGGUAGCAAGGUCAAAGUUGACGUAGAUUCUAAGAGCAAAAGAUUACAGUUACUCGACCCUUUUGACAAGUGGAACGGCCAGGAUUUGGAGGAUCUGACGAUUCUGAUUAAGGUCAAAGGCAAGUGUACGACCGAUCACAUCUCCGCGGCAGGUCCGUGGCUUAAAUAUCGUGGACAUCUCGACAAUAUUUCCAACAACAUGUUUAUCGGCGCCGUUAAUUCUGAAAAUAGCGAGAUGAACAAGAUUAGGAAUCAAGUGACAAACGAAUGGGGUGCCGUGCCAGACGUUGCACGCGAUUACAAGAAGAAGGGUAUAAAAUGGGUUGCUGUAGGCGACGAGAAUUACGGCGAGGGUUCUUCGAGGGAGCAUGCAGCUUUAGAACCGCGUCACCUUGGCGGUCGUGCCAUCAUAGUCAAGAGCUUCGCUCGUAUCCAUGAGACGAAUCUGAAGAAACAGGGUCUCCUGCCUUUGACUUUCUCCGACCCCGCCGAUUAUGAUAAGAUCCAGCCUAAUGACAAGAUCAGUCUUCUUGGAUUGAAGGAUCUGGCACCUGGCAAGCCAGUGAAAGCGCAAAUCAAGCACAAGGAUGGCAAGGUGGAUAACAUCACUUUGAACCACACGAUGAACGAGCAACAGAUCGAUUGGUUCAAAGCCGGCUCCGCCUUGAAUCGUAUGAAGGAAAUUUCGAGCCGAUAAAUCAAGUAUUCACUCACGGAGAUUAGCCGAUUAUUAAAACGUAUAACGCGUUUGUGUGAAAACGAAGAUAACGUGCCACCGCGUCGUAGAAUGAGGCAAAGUCGCUCGAGGUGCAUAACAUUGUAAAAAUCAUUUUGUUCCCUGGAAGCGAGUUAUAUAUAUGCCAUAGUGCCUAGUAGCAUUAUAGUUCAUCGUAACGCGAAUGUUUAAACGUAUAUCGUGAAAACAUUUUAAGGAUCUUAAUCUUUCAAAUGUUUUUUAGAUAUAUUUUUAGAUGCGUGAUAUUAUUAGGGAAAUCGCUUUUUCUUUAUCAUUGAUUUCUCUUUCCUCCUCGCUUCUACCUUGCUCUUGACAAUACUUACAUAGAAAAGAAUUUGAGAAACUCUAGAGAUAUCCUUGUUCUGCGGUUCGCCAAACUUAGAUCUUAUUGAUGGAUACGUUCGUUUCUGAAUCGCGUACAACUCGUGACGUUAUUACAUGUAUAUACUCAUCAGUACCAAGAAAACGCUUGGUAAUCGUCAUUUUCUAGUUGUUGAUUGAUAGGAGAAAAAAUGUAUUGGUCUCGCCGUCGACGAGCACAAAUAAAUUACUAGCCAAUAA